UUCGAGAAGAAUCUCCAAUCCAUAUCUUGAACAUACUCCUUCCCAGAUCUAUGGAGAGAAUUCCUCUUGUGCAGGAAGAGCACUGAGGAAUAUUAUUAUCGUUCAGGCAGCUGACCUGAUAAAGGACAGAGUGAACCUAAAAGGCUUUUAUAGGCGGAGCUGCGUUGGGUCAGAGCUGGUAGACUGGCUUCUAGAACACUGCCCUUUUGUCCAGUGCAGAUCUAUGGCGGUAGGGGUCUGGCAACUCCUACUGGACAUGGGGAUUCUGUCAUCAGUGGACCAGCAUCUGUACUUUCAAGAUACUUAUGUUUUCUACCAGUUUUCCUCCGAUGAAUGUAGCUACUUGUGCUGUGAAUUUGAAAGAGAAGAAGAAUGGCAAAAUGGUGUCAAGCUUUUACUGCAACUUGUGCCUCUCAUUCCUGCUAGAGCAGGCAUCUGUGAACUGUCUCAUCAGAAAAUGGAAGACUCUGAAGAAACCAGUGAUGAAAUUCUUGCUCGUCUGACAUCUGCGGUGCAGAGAGAGCUAGCAGCUGUGAUUGCUUUGAAAGCAAGGAAGUCUGCACUUGAGCAAGAUGAAGAAAACAAUGACAAACAUGUAACCGUAACAGAAGCCGACGGCAUCCCAGAUUCUCAGGCAGGGGUGAUGUGCAAGCUUCAGGAGAGAGAUGAUAUCGGACGAAUUGAACUGGUCCAGAAGCUGGCGAGAGAAAACUAUCAGUUUUUGCAGUCGGACAAAAAAGAACAGGAGAAGUCUGAACACCAAGAUGAUGAGGUGGCGACUGUUCAGGUGAAGGAGCAAGACCGGAGCGUCCUGGUGCUGAGGAAAGUGCAGGGCUGCGGCCCAGCCCCCACCGCGGGGAGUGCGGAGAGCCACUGGAGAUACGUAGUGGUGUCCGGGACCCCCGAGAAGAUCUUGGAGCACCUUUUGAAUGACUUGCACCUGGAAGAAGUCCAGGACAAAGAAACAGAGACCCUCCUGGAUGACUUCCUCCUCACGUACACUGUCUUCAUGACAACUGAUGAUUUGUGCCAGGCGCUGCUAAGGCACUAUUCUGCUAAGAAGUAUCAAGGCAAAGAGGAAAAUUCAGAUGUUCCUCGUCGGAAACGUAAAGUCUUGCAUCUUGUGUCCCAGUGGAUUGCUCUGUACAAAGACUGGUUACAUGAAGAUGAACAUUCAAAAAUGUUUUUAAAGACCAUAUACAGGAAUGUACUGGAUGAUGUCUAUGAAUAUCCAAUACUUGAAAAAGAAUUGAAAGAAUUUCAAAAGAUACUUGGAAUGCACCGCCGUCACACUGUAGAUGAAUACUCACCACAAAGGAAGAAUAAAGCCCUUUUCCACCAAUUCAGUCUGAAGGAGAACUGGCUCCAGCAUCGAGGAACUGUAACUGAAACAGAGGAAAUUUUUUGCCACGUGUAUAUAACGGAGCACUCCUAUGUCAGCGUGAAGGCAAAAGUUUCCAGCACAGCCCAGGAGAUCCUGAAAAUCGUGGCUGAAAAGAUCCAGUAUGCAGAAGAGGAUCUGGCUCUGGUGACCAUGUCGUUCUCUGGGGAAAAGCAUGAACUUCAGGCAAAUGACUUGGCCAUCUCUAAAUCCUUCGAGGCAUCUGGUCGGAUAUAUGUCUACAGGAAAGACCUGGCUGACACUUUGAACCCGUUUGCAGAAAAUGAGGAAUCACAGCAAAGGUCGAUGAGGAUUUUGGGAAUGAACACUUGGGAUCUUGCUCUGGAAUUAAUGAAUUUUGAUUGGAGUCUAUUCAAUUCAAUUCACGAGCAAGAGCUGAUCUACUUCACAUUCAGCAGACAGGGGAGCGGGGAGCACACCGCAAACCUCAGCCUUCUGCUCCAGAGGUGCAACGAGGUCCAGCUGUGGGUGGCCACGGAGAUUCUGCUCUGCAGCCAACUGGGCAAGCGGGUGCAGUUGGUGAAAAAAUUCAUCAAAAUCGCGGCCCACUGCAAAGCCCAGAGAAACCUGAAUUCCUUCUUCGCUAUCGUGAUGGGUCUCAACACUGCCUCUGUUAGCCGUCUGUCACAGACCUGGGAGAAAAUCCCUGGGAAAUUUAAGAAACUUUUCUCUGAACUUGAAAGUUUAACAGAUCCUUCCCUAAAUCACAAAGCCUACAGAGAUGCGUUCAAAAAGAUGAAGUCACCGAAAAUCCCUUUCAUGCCCUUAUUGCUUAAAGAUGUCACAUUUAUUCAUGAAGGAAAUAAAACUUUUUUGGAUAACCUUGUCAAUUUUGAAAAGCUGCAUAUGAUUGCAGACACUGUCCGAACCCUGAGACACUGCAGGACUAGCCAGUUUGGAGGUGACCUGUCUCCAAAAGAGCACCAGGAGCUAAAGUCCUACGUGAAUCACCUGUACAUCAUCGACAACCAGCAGGCCCUGUUUGAGCUCUCACACAGAAUCGAGCCUCGGGUGUGACCCCACUGCCUCCCUCCCCUGUAACUGCAGCACUUUGAGCUACGGGAAUGUCUAUGCCAAGCACGUUGCUUUCCUGUGAGAAAAAGAGUUGCUGAGUUUUAUCAGUGUGCCCCAAGACAUUCACAGGAAAGCCAGCCAGAGCGUGUUCAGGAAGUGAUGUCAGCUGCCAGAGAUGGGGAGCGGCCUCUCCAUGCAGCUCUUGGAACAAGAAAGCAGAAAGGGAGACAGGAGCUUUCUGGAGACAGAGAAGUCUGGUUUCUUAUGAUCACCUGGUUGAUCCAAUCCAGUUUUCAACUUGAGCUGUUCUGGCGUCAAGACAAGAAAACGUCUUGACAUAGAAGACCAAGUACUUCAGUAAGAGCAUGUGUGAAACAGCAGGGGUUUUGACUUUGCCUGGUGUUAGCUUACUGGUUGUAGACUGUUAAAGAAGUUGGUCUUUUGAACACCUCAAGGCAGUGACAGCAUAUCUAGAUUUCCAGGGAAAAGGAGAGAGGUCUCUGGUGAUACCAAUUACGACAUCACCAAAAGUCACUUGUGUCUAGGGAGUGAGGGAGGCCCCGCGGCUGACAUUCAUACUCUGACGUGCAGAUGAGAAAUGUCAAGGCGUGCAUUACUUUGACCGCAAUCCUUUAUUGACACAUGCUUACAGGUGAAAUCAUUUCUAUAUGAGAUUUGCAGCUAUAGGCAGGGUAGACUGAGUUGCUUUGCCAAUAAGAAAAAUAGUGUUCUUUAAGAAAUUGACACAUUGUUUAAUUUCUGGGGAUUUCCUUUACAUUUGCAAGCAGGCUUUUAUCUUUUAUUGGGCACUUAGGAUUUUUGAAAAAGCACAGUGCCUGGACAUUGUGGGCACUCGCUACCUGCUUUUUGAGGUGACAGAGUCACAAAGAUCUGCAUUCUUGUGCCUGAUGACGUGUUUUGCAUACCUCACACAGGCUCCUUGCCCACACCAUGGAAUGGCAGCAGCCAGUGCAGGGAAUUUAGUGACGUUUGAUGUGUGCAGCAACUUAGCACUCGCUACAAAGAGCAAGGUGACACGGUAGCAGUGAUUACCAGUGUUUCAGCAAAUGAAAAGUGCCCUGAGAUCUCCAAGUGUCUGCUUUAUGUUGGAGACUUAGAAGUCCUACAGUCCACCUACCAUCCAAAGCAGGGAGCCUUUCUAUAAUUUGCCUUUUUCUUCCCCCAAAAUCUUAGUCUUUUUUUAUUAUUCCCAUUUUUUUUUCCCAGCAGGGGCUCCUAUAGCAAAUAAUGCCCCUUAGUAUUCUCAAGGACUGGCUAGAGGAUUUCCCUCAGCCUUCAAAUGAACAAAAAAGCUUGUGGAUUAAAAUAAUGAAAUCCUCCCCUGCUUCUGGAUACUUGUCACCUUGCUAGAAUGCAAGGACCUCCUUCCUGUAUUUGGUCCAUUCAUUUUUCAAACAUGGGAGUUCAGGUGCACUGGUUACCAUUCCUGCCUGUUCAUCUCCUAGGUGCCCAUCCAGCUUCCUUCUUUUCUCCUCAA